AGUUGUGCCCCGAGCCUGUAGGGGGCAGUGAUACUACUACUGAUUCACGCCAACCACCGAAGGAGCUGGACGACCGCACGUGUAGCACAGUGUCAACAUGGGGAAAAGAAGCCAGAAUAAGCAGCUUUUCACUCAUUUAUCCAAGAAACAGAAGAAACACUUGAAGGAGUUUGGAGAGGAGCAUCCAUUCCAUGAUGUAGUCGGUGCACAACCUGAAAGAACUGAAAUAGUGGAACUGCCAGCAAGUCCAGAACACUCUGAUGAUGAGUCUAAUGAGCUUGAGGAGGAAGAGGAGGAACCAGAGCAGAAAACAGCCUAUCAAAAACUUCUUUCGACUCUCAGCCAACCAACCGGUAACGACCAGAGUGAAGAGGAGAGCACUGAUGAUGAAGAGGAGGAAGAGGAGUUUCUCGAUGAAGGAGACAAUGAUGGAGUUGGUGAUGACAGUGAGAGUGGUGAGGAAGAUGAAGGUGGAGAGGAAGAACCAGAGGAUGCAGAUGAGGCUCUCACUGAAGCAGUAGAAGGAGAGGAGAAAGGGCCCGGAGCAGAAGAGUUCAUAGACAAGGAGAAUGAGUCUCAGUUCUGUCUGGAGACCAACUUCAUAGACGAAGGAGGACCAGAGGACACUAACAGCACUGCCGAGCAUGAAAAUGGUAAAGACAUGUUUUUACAGCAUUUGGACACAGAACUUGUUGAAGAGGAUGUGCAGAAGAUCACAUCUGGCAGCAAAGCCAAGGCUCAGAUCAUGUGGCAAAAAUUGGGCACUUUACUCUGCUCCCAUCCCCUGGAGAAGUUUGGAUCCAUCGGCCCACAAAAAGACACAAACCUUCCACGUUUCCACAAACUUCUGGAGACUCGCUGGAAGGAUCUGAACCAGACCUCUGAUCCUAAGGGGGUGACUGAAGAGAUCAGCCCCUUACAGCUAGAAUUACUAGCUCUUAUGGGCUGCUACAAGGACCUCUACCACCCAGAGAGUUGUCCUCUGAACCAGGGCCCUCAAGUGCAAUCUGCAUACUGCCUCCACAUUCUCAACCAUGUGCUUAAGGCCAACUCGCAGGUCCUGGCUCACAACGCGCAGCUAAGAGAGCAGAAAACUCAGGCUAAGGCUGGAGCUGAGCCCCAGGAUGAGCCCAGAGACCAAGGAAUCACCAGGCCCAAGGUCCUGAUUCUCGUUCCAUUCCGAGGGGGAGCUCUGCGAGUCGUCCAAACGCUCAUCAGCCUCCUGGAGACCAAAGGCAGGAAGAUAGUGGUCAACAACAAGAAGAGGUUUAAGGAAGAGUUUGGAGAGGAGGCCGAAGACAAGCCACCUAAUCUGCAGAGACCAGAAGAUUACAGCGCCAUCUUCUCAGGCAACGUGGAUGAUCACUUCAGGAUAGGCAUCUCCAUAGUGAGGAGCAGCAUGCGUCUGUACUCCCCCUUUUACUCAUCAGACAUCAUCAUUGCGUCUCCGCUGGGCCUCCGUACACUGCUGGGAGCAGAGGGAGAGAAAAAGAGAGACUUCGAUUUUCUCUCCUCCAUUGAGAUACUGGUGGUGGACCAGGCAGAUGUCUUCCUCAUGCAGAACUGGGAACACCUCUUGCAUGUGAUUAAGCACAUGAACCUACAGCCCCUGGAUUCCCAUGGAGUGGACUUCUCCAGGGUGAGGAUGUGGAACCUGAACAACUGGGCCAAACACUACCGUCAGACACUGGUGUUCAGCUCCAUCCAGGACCCACAGAUCAACAACAUCCUCACCAAGCACUGUGCAAACUACCGUGGACAGGUUGCCACUAAGAACAUGCCAAAAACAGGCUCCAUCUGCCAGGUGCUGGUUCAGCUGCCUCACGUGUUUCAGAUGUUCCCCUCCGACAGCUUCAUGGACCAUGAUGCUCGAUUUCAGUUCUUUUUAGAUAAAGUACUGCCGCAAUACAGGGACUCCAUUAUGUCCCACACUCUGAUCUACAUCCCAUCCUACUUCGACUACAUCCGGCUACGAAACCACAUGAAGAAAGAGGAAAUCAACUUUGCCAGCAUCUGCGAGUACUCCAGCAAGUCGGAGGUGUCCAGAGCCAGGCACUUCUUCCAGAAAGGGGAUAAACAGUUCCUGCUCUUUACUGAACGAUUCCACUUCUACAAGAGGUACACCAUCAAAGGGAUCCAGAACCUGAUAUUUUAUGGAUUGCCCUCCUUCCCCCACUUCUACAGUGAGGUGUGUAACAUGCUGGCAGCAGGGGGUCAGGGGGAGGAGGCCAGCUGGACCUGCACUGCCCUCUACUCCCGCUAUGAUGCCCACAAGCUAGCCGCCAUUUCCGGAGCCCAGCGAACUGGACAGAUGCUGCACUCCAACAAGACUGUUCACCUUUUUAUUACAGGAGGGGAGGAUAAAGCCUCUUGAUGGAGUUUGACAGACAAAAAAAGAGACCUUGGUAGAUAUCCUCUGUACAUAAAUUCAGUAGGAGUCUGGAUUGACAAUGUCAAAAGGUGUUGAAUGCAGGACUGGUGGAAGUGGAGUGCCAUCACAGAGUGGUGUGCCACUUCAAAACACAGAAUAUGCUUUCCAUUAUAUUUGGACAGUGAAUGUUACAUUCACCUGUACAUGUGCCAAGAAAUAAGGUAUUGUUUGACAACAUGCUUAUCAGGUCUGUUUUAUGGGUUGCAGAUGAAAGUCAUUAAGAAACAAUGAGCCAGUAAGUGAAAAGAUAAUAAAACACUUGAGGGUUUUUGUAAUCGUGAUCACUGUGAUAAGAUGUUGUAAAAAAUAUCACGCGUUAGUUGGAUGUUUGUUUACAGAUUCAGAAUACAGUAGAGAUAUUUUACAAUUUAA